AUGAACGCAGCAUGGCUCUCCUCCCCCGUUGUCCUAACCGGCAUGCGUAUGCCCAGCUGUGCCAAAAAGAUACCAGCGGAAUGCGCCUACUACAAACAACGCUGGCACUUUUGGUACGAAGCCGACCACGUCUUCGCUAUCCCCACCGUUCUCUUCUUCAUCUGCGCAAUUGGCCUCUUCAUCCUCAGCCACAUCGUCUCGAUACUAGACUCCGCAACAAUCAAUUCAAUCCGGACUCUUGGCUACGAGUUCUUCAAGGCGACGCACAUCUUCGCUGUCGUCGUGUUUAUGGUCACCUUCUUCUGGCACUGUGAUCAUACGCUGACUAGCUGGCAUUACUUCGUGGCUACCGCCGCCGUGUACAUUCCUUGUUUCGUCUACCCGUGGCUCCGAUCAGUGUUUGAAUACAAGUGGACUCAGAAAGCGCACAUCGCUGUCGAGGAUAACGGAUUCACGCGUAUCAAUAUUCCGGCAAACUUCCACUGGACUCAGGAUGUGCCAAUCUCAGUUGUUGUUGAUGGACCAUACGGCGGCGUUAACCCGUCCAGGCUGUGGGACGCGGAUCGGCUAUUCGUUAUAGCUGGUGGCUCAGGCGCUGGUUGGUGUUUACCACUCAUCGAGCAUUUUGCCCGCUCCGCUUCAACAUCAAGCGACGAAGAACAGGGGAAAGGUGAGCUUGUAGAGAAGCCUGCUCCUCGUAGCUACAGAUCAAAACAUAUCUCUCUGCGCGUAGUCCUUGCAACCCGAGACACCAGAAGUCGCCUCUGGUUCGAACGAACAGUAGCAGAACUUCUUGCAAAAUUCCCAACACCAGGCUUAUCCUCCUCUGUACGCGUACAAAUCUACCUCACAGGGGAAGCCGCACAAGUAGCGGACUUGUCGACAAAAGCCGCGAAUCCCGCGCACUCGACAGCAUCCACAUCUUCCAACGAAAUUAUAGUGGAAACCGGGAAGGGGGUAGAACCCGCUGCGGCGGUUGUACCUGGCAUAGAAUUCCAGGGCCGACCCCAGCUACCUCAAAUUGUGCAAGAAGAAGCUACACGAGCGGCGGACGCAGGCGAGUCGCUCAGCGUAUACGUAUGUGGCCCUGAGACGAUGCAGAAUGAUGUCAGGAAUGCGGUUGCGGCUGAGAAUCUGAAGAUAUUUGGUGGGAGUCUAUCGGGUGGUGUUUAUCUGCAUUCUGAGCACUUUUCGUGGGCGUAG